GCAAGUUAGCUCGGUGUAAUGGUGUUUAUUUCAUACUGCCUCCCAAUCAAUAUAUAUGACAAUGUAAAUGAUUUACUUUCACAGGCAUAGGCAAAGAUCGUGUCUCUCGGAUUGCUCAAUAUUAUGCUAAGACUGCUGAGUCACGGCCAGAGAGAAGGGGUGGUGCACGGCAAAGUGAGGAGAACAGGAAAAGACAACUCAUUGUCGACCACAUUCAGUCCUUCACCUGCAGGGCCAGCCAUCAUGGUCGGAGAGGAGCACCAGGCCGCAAGUAUCUCCCCCAGUGACUUGGAGCAUGGAACAUGGUGUCCAUGCUCAUUAAACUGGGGAGAGGAAGUCCAACAGGAUGUUCCUGUGGCAGAACCCUGGGCGAAACGUUUCACUGAAACAGAUCCUUAAUGGACAACCGACAUGUUUCCUCGUGAGUGUAUUUCCAUCCAUGUCGGCCAAGCCGGAGUCCAGAUGGGCAAUGCCUGCUGGGAGCUGUACUGCCUGGAGCAUGGUAUCCAGCCGGACGGUCAGAUGCCCAGUGACAAGACCAUCGGAGGUGGAUCGGACUCCUUCAACACCUUCUUCAUUGAGACUGGAGCUGGCAAGCAUGUUCCCAGAGCCGUCUUUGUGGACUUGGAGCCAACUGUCAUCGAUGAAGUGCGUACAGGAACCUACCGUCAGCUCUUCCACCCUGAGCAGCUGAUCACCGGAAAGGAAGAUGCUGCCAACAACUACGCCAGAGGUCACUACACAGUCGGCAAGGAGAUCAUCGACCUGGUUCUUGACAGGACCCGUAAACUGGCUGACCAGUGCACAGGGCUCCAGGGUUUCCUCAUCUUCCACUCCUUCGGAGGAGGUACCGGCUCCGGCUUCACCUCCCUGCUGAUGGAGCGUCUCUCUGUCGACUACGGCAAGAAGUCCAAGCUACAGUUUGCAGUUUACCCAGCUCCCCAGGUGUCCACAGCAGUGGUGGAGCCCUACAACUCCAUCUUGACCACCCACACCACUCUAGAGCACGCUGACUGCGCCUUCAUGGUUGACAACGAGGCCAUCUACGACAUCUGCCGCAGGAACCUGGACAUCGAGCGUCCCAGCUACACCAACCUGAACAGGCUGAUUGGACAGAUCGUCUCCUCCGUCACCGCCUCACUUCGCUUCGACGGCGCCUUGAAUGUGGACCUGACAGAGUUCCAGACCAACUUGGUGCCCUACCCUCGUAUCCACUUCCCUCUGGCCACCUACGCCCCCGUCAUCUCAGCAGAGAAGGCUUAUCAUGAGCAGUUGUCUGUCGCUGACAUCACAAACGCCUGCUUCGAGCCCGCCAACCAGAUGGUGAAGUGCGACCCCCGUCACGGCAAGUACAUGGCUUGCUGCCUGCUGUACCGUGGUGAUGUGGUGCCCAAAGACGUCAACUCUGCCAUCACGACCAUCAAAACAAAGCGCACCAUCCAGUUUGUGGACUGGUGUCCCACAGGUUUCAAGGUUGGCAUCAACUACCAGCCUCCCACUGUGGUUCCUGGAGGAGACCUGGCCAAGGUACAGAGGGCUGUGUGCAUGCUGAGCAACACCACCGCCAUCGCUGAGGCCUGGGCUCGUCUCGACCACAAGUUUGACCUGAUGUACGCCAAGAGGGCCUUCGUCCACUGGUAUGUAGGAGAGGGCAUGGAGGAGGGAGAGUUCUCUGAGGCCAGAGAGGACAUGGCUGCCCUGGAGAAGGAUUAUGAAGAGGUUGGCACCGACAGCCUUGGAGAUGAGGAGGAUGAAGGCGAGGAGUAUUAAGAAGGAAAGCAACAUCCGCAGCUCACCAGGGCUUUAUUUCAGUCCGCUGCUGUCGAAAAAAGAAAACCAAGAGGUUUUCAGUUCUCCGUAAUGUUGGACUCAUUCCUUUUUGUUAUUUAAAAAAUUAAUAAAAAUCUGCACAUUCAGAGUUCAGUGCCUCUCAUGCAAACCUAAUAAAAGAACAUGAAGUCA